UCCCUCCCUCUCACUCCCCGCACUGAGCGGAUUAUGGGCCGGGGGGAAGGGGCGGAGGGAGAGUGACCGCAGCCAGACCGGCUUGGGAGGGGAAUCGGGGAGCGGAGAGGAAGAGGAGGGACGGAGACUGCGGGGGGAACAGACACAGACUCUCCCCGGGAGGAAUCUGGCUGCUGAUUUCUGCUGACUUCCUUCCUUCUGGAACAACAAGCCAAGAGGAAAACUCAGUGACGAGAGGGACACGCAGUCGAGUACGGGAGGAGGCAGAAGAGGGACACGGAGGAGAGAGAGGCUUAAAUAGUGUUAGAGAGAAAGGCUCUCGCACUGUGCCCCGGGGGGGUAUAUAUACACGCACAGUGCACGGGAGGAGGAGAAAGUGAAACUGGCCAUGCACGAGAGAAAGUGAUGCUGGCACCAGUCAGAAUUGCACGUACAGAGGGCACAAGUGUGAGAGUGUAAAUAUCACACAGGUUGGACAGUUCUCACAAGUGGUGCCAUGGAUAAGGGGCACGAGUAAGAGUUUAACGGACACAGAAGAAAAAGUGGCAUUUGGAACUCCAGAGAGCACAGAAAGGAGACUGCACGGGCACAAGUGAGGAAGAUAAGUGCCCCGACUGCUGACGUAUAAAAUGGCCGCCAAGGACUACGACCAUCUUUUUAAACUGCUUCUCAUUGGAGACUCUGGUGUUGGAAAAAGCAGCCUCUUGCUGAGAUUCUCCGAUAACUCCUUCUCUGGAAGUUACAUCACAACCAUUGGGGUCGACUUCAAGAUCCGGACUCUGGUUCUGGACGGAGAGCGAGUGAAGCUGCAGAUCUGGGACACGGCCGGACAGGAGCGAUUUAGGACAAUCACCUCCACGUAUUACAGGAACACCCACGGCGUUAUUGUGGUUUAUGAUGUCACCAGCCCAGAAUCCUUUGUGAAUGUGAAGCGAUGGCUGCACGAGAUCACCCAGAAUUGCGACUCCGUCUGCACCGUACUGGUCGGUAACAAAGACGACGAUCCGUCCCGGAAACGCGUGGAAGCCGCCGACGCCAAGAGGUUUGCCGAUCAGAUGGGAGUCAGAAUGUUUGAGACGAGUGCAAAAGAGAACCGCAACGUGGAGGAGAUGUUCCUUUCUGUGACCCGUAUGGUCCUGCGCAUGAAGAAAGACAACCAGGCCAGGCUGAAUCCCAGCGAGGUGGUCACCAUCACCAAGACUAAGAAGAAACCGCACGUCAAGAGAUGCUGCUGACUCCGCCCCUUGGAUGUGUCAGGGCACCUUCUACUAAAUUAACUGGAAAUGGACUAUGGGAGUUUGGGGGGGAAGGGAUGACUAGUAGGAAGGGCUGCUGUGCAAGCUGGAUCGUACCACUGUUUGGGGGACACAUGAUAGCUGAAAGGGGUGUUUUGUUGUGCAACAUGGCUGUGUAUGUGAGUCUUGAUCUAAGUUCCAUUCAGCCAUAGCAGGGGGGCUACUGUACUUGGUAGACAUAUCGUGGCAGCUCUACGGAGUCAGAACUGGAAUAAGAACUGUUCCGUAAAACGGGCUGGAGGUUAAGGGAAAAGCCAUAAGUGUGGGCCAACCACAAAACUGGCAGCUCAGUGCCAUCGAGCAAACGUAUCAUCCACUACGGUGGCCUUCCUGUCCCCACACUGAGAAGCUGUAGGCUUGUUCCCAGUACUAGUAGGGUCAUCUGCUGAGCAAUGGAUUGAACAGGAAUAGAAGAGAUGAGGGCACCACAAAGUAAGGAGAAGUUUGGAAUCUGUAAGACCACUAGGGAGUGCUGCAGUGCAGGGUGGAUGUACAGGCAGAGUAUGUGAGAAGAAGAGCAGGGUAGUUUAGGUACAGUAGUUGCAGGUGAGACCACUGAAUCAUUUGCCCCACAGUGUUACUUAGGUAUGUUUAAUAACUGACGGCAGCAGCCAUAUUUAAUGUGGUUGGGGUGGCCAUCUUUAAUGCAUUCCCUCUCUCCAUCUUAUAAAAGCCUCUCACUACUGUAUAUCUAUAUAUUUAUGUAUUCCCUUUCUCCCGAGCUGUACAUGAAUUUAAAGCUUAUUUUUGCAUUUAACUGGAUAUUAACUUGGAGAUUAUAAACUGGACUUUUUUCUAC